AUGGUAAUGACCUUCUCUUGGGUCGUCCUCUCGGCGACUUUCGGAUUACAGACGACGGCGAUUUCUUCCGCCGCCGGUUUCGAUGAGAUCAAAUGGGCUCCGUUAGCGAUCACGACGUUUCUGAUUUUCGUCUACGUUUCGAUCUUCACCGUUAUUGGAGAUUUACUCGGUGGUGCUAGCUUUAAUCCUACCGGAAACGCCGCUUUCUAUGCCGCCGGUAUCCCCGGAGAUACUCUUUUCUCCUUGGCGAUCAGAUUACCUGCUCAGGCAGCUGGUGCUGCAGGAGGUGCAUUGGCAAUCAUGGAGUUGAUACCAGAGAAGUACAAGCAUACGAUUUCAGGGCCUUCGCUUCAGGUUGAUGUGCACACUGGAGCUAUUGCAGAAACGCUCUUGAGUUUUGGUAUUACCUUUGCGGUUAUGCUAAUUAUCCUCAGGGGACCCCGUAUGUUACUCGCUAAGACGUUCUUGCUUGCUAUUACAACUGUUUCAUUGGUUAUCGCCGGGUCUAAAUACACUGGACCAGCCAUGAAUCCUGCCAUUGCGUUUGGGUGGGCAUACAUGUCCAGUUCUCACAACACAUGGGACCAUUUCUACGUUUAUUGGAUCAGUUCUUUCGUAGGAGCAUUAUCUGCUGCAUUGGUCUUCCGUUCUAUCUUCCCACCACCUCGACCUCAGAAGAAGAGGAAACAAAAGAAAGCUUGA